UUUCACAUAAAGGUGGCGUAUCUUUACAGAAAAGCUUAUUACACAUUUACUGUUCUUUCUAUUCCUUUUUUCUUUUUCACAUAAUUAUUCAUCUUUUAAAGAAAGCAAAAAGGAUAGGGGAGCGCAGUGAAGAUGGAGAGAAAAGCUGUAGUGGUGUGUGUAGCUGUGGGCUUCCUUGGUUUGGUUGCUGCUUCUUUGGGCUUUGCUGCAGAAGCCAAGAGGAUUAAGGGAUCUCAGGUUCAAUUUAAUUCUCCUGAUGAGUGUGUAUACCCCAGGAGUCCAGCCCUAGCGCUAGGAUUAAUUGCAGCUCUGGCUCUUAUGAUAGCUCAGGUUAUCAUCAAUGUUGCAACCGGUUGUAUUUGCUGUAGAAGUGGACCUCAUCAAUUAAACUCAAACUGGACGUUAUCUCUGAUUUGCUUUGUAGUCUCCUGGUUCACAUUUGUUAUAGCAUUCCUUCUAUUGCUUACCGGUGCAGCACUUAAUGAUCAACAUGGUGAAGAGAACAUGUACUUCGGCAACUACUAUUGUUAUGUUGUGAAACCAGGAGUAUUUGCAGGAGCCGCUGUAUUGUCCCUUGCAAGUGUUGUUCUUGGUAUUAUUUAUUAUGUAACCAUAACUUCCACAAAGACGGGAACUGAUCCUUGGGCUGGGCAGGCUGCUCCUAAUCAACCUGGUAUUGCCAUGGGACAACCCCAAUUUCCCCAACAUGUUGCACAGGAUCCUGUAUUUGUACAUGAAGACACCUAUAUGAGGCGGCAAUUUACUUAAGUAUUUGUCGGCAUGCUAUAUGAUAAUGCAAAAAGCCGUCUAUGUGCAGCCCUAAAAGGUUGGAUCGUUGCCAGCUUCGUCUAGCUGUGAACAUUAUCGUAAGCAAUAGAUUAUGUAUUUUAGAAUAUGUUUGCAAUGCAACAUCUCUGUUAGCUUUAA